UGUUGACUACAACCAACAACAUCCGGCCACCUGCCAUCUGUCUGACAUUGUGUCUCGCUGUCAAAGGCACGUUUGACGAUUUGAAUGAAGACAGACACGAUAAGAGUAUGACUGCAAUCUCCCUCCUCAGUCGGUUUCUGAGGAAGUACGUGUUCAGUGUUGAGGCCCUGUUGUUAUUAGGUCUCGUCUUCUUUCUGUAUCACUCCGUGUAUCAUUCUAAACCUCUGUGGAGAUACAUAUUCCCGUCCAAAGAGAAGAAAAUCAGCGAUGUGAAAAAUAAGGAUCCUGCACAUGAUGUUUUCCCGCCAAAACGAUCUGAACCAACAGCAACAUGGGAACUACAGAAGGAUGGUGCGGCUGGUUACGCUAUUCAGGGGAGACGACCCCACAUGGAGGACAGGCUUAACAUUGUCAGUGACCUUGAACAGACUGGGACAUCUAUCUACGGUGUAUUUGAUGGACACGGAGGAGAGUUUGCAGCCGACUUUACAGAGAAAACUCUCUUUAAGUACUUGAUGGUCAGGAUGCUCAGUGCUUCAUUAGACGAACAAACUGUAAACUUCACCCAGAUGAUUACGGAGGAAGUACUUCGAGUUGACAAAAAGCUACAGGAGAUUGCUAGGACCAAUUCUGAUAUAUCAGGUACUACAGCACUGUUCACCAUAUUGAAAGAGGACAUACUGACGGUAGCAAAUGUCGGGGAUUCCCGGGGUGUUCUGUGUGAUAAAAAUGGAACAGCCAUACCUCUGUCUUAUGACCACAAACCUUACAAUGUGAAAGAGAGACAGAGAAUUAAGGAUGUUGGUGGUUUUAUCAGUUUUAAUGGCGUUUGGAGGGUUGCAGGUGUCCUGGCAACCUCACGUGCCUUGGGGGAUUACCCGCUCAAAGACACUAAAAUGGUGAUAGCGGAGCCCGAUAUUUUGACCUUUAAUCUCAGGUUUCUACAGCCUUAUUUUAUGAUUUUGGCCUCAGAUGGUCUGUGGGAUGUUUUCUCCAAUCAGGAAGCAGUUGACUUCGUGAAAGGCCAUCUUAACGAGCCGUUCUUUGGUGCUAAAAGUCUGGUUUUACAGGCGUACUACAAGGGCUCCCUAGACAACAUAUCUGUGGUGGUUGUUAAUUUUAGCAGUGAUGGAAUCUCAAGAUAUAGCAGCAAGCAGUCUUGAUUGAUAUUUUUUUUUUUAUUCUUAAGUUUUGUUGUCCCUGUAAUAAGGGAGAUAACUCUUGCAAUAAUUUUUUUUUUACUGUCAUUGGAUUUCAGAAUUUACACCAGAAUGAAAACUGCUAGUCUAUGUAUUUGUUUGCGACAAAACAAUACCCAGAAAUUUUUAUGGGUGUCUAGUAUUGUGAUUUAUUCACCCCAAAAGUGUAUGCUCUUUCACAAAACAACAUAAAAUGGUUUUCAGUCAUGAUAAAGAAACCUGUAUGUGUAUGAUUGGUAGGAGAUGGGGAAAAUCAUGUCUGAGAAUGUACCGGGACUUCUAAGUUAUUAGAUGCCAUGUAUCAUUUAUUUAUAACAAAUGCAUAUUUUAAUUAUUCAAUUUUUUGCACACAUUAUGAAUUGUUUCUUGGAUCUAGGGAAAAAAAGGUUAUUUUAAUUGAUAUAAACUUUGUGAUAAAAGUGUAGAUCAUUGUUGUACUUAAUACAUCUGUGACUUAUAUAACUUUGUGUGACUUAAACUUCACAUUUUACUAUUAUUUAUUUAAAAUACAUGUGUGACUUACAUAACUUUGUGUCACUUAAAGUACACAUUUUACUAUAUAUUUGUUUAAACUACAUUUGUGACUUAAACUGUAUAUUUUAUUGUGCAUCUUUUAUUGAUUCAUGUGAUGUUUUGUGCAGAACAUUUUCUCAUGACACAUUACUGGCAUUAGUUAACAUUAAGGUGAAUUUAGAAAAAAAACUAAAAAAUCAAUAUUUUUCUGUUGAUUUUUUUUUGUUAAGUAUGAAACCUUUACCUGAAUUUUUAAAGAUUGAAUUAUGAAAUUGUUUCUUGAAUUAAUAUUAUGCUCAUUAUUUGAUUUCCUAAAAGCUUAAUCACUAACCACUACAGGGAAGGGCUGACCUUGAAAUAAAGCUACUUAAACGAGACUGAGUAGCUUAAGAUGGUCUCACAUUAUUGGUAACAAUAAGGUACUGUACAUUGAUACGUGGUGGGUUUAAUUCAAAACAAGAUUUAGUGGUACAUAGACUUGCAUUGGUAUGAAUACUCACCAUUCAUUUGUUGUUGAAUUACAUUUGUAAUUUAUCUAUAAUUCUUAUAACAUCAGACAAAAAUACUUAAGGAGAGCCACAUAAUUCAAUUAUCUAUGAUAGUAAUAUACAUCCAAAUGACUACAUGCGCAGACAUCAUUGAAUACGUUAAAUUGCUUAAAGUGACAUAUAGGUCCGUUGGGCCAGGUGUAAAAUUAUAUUAUCAUGUAUCUUACUGAAAUACAAAAGUUGUAUUACACAUGUCACUAUAAUAAAAGAUUUACUUACUUACUUACUGUAGGACCAAGAAUACUGAUGUUUGUUAUAAUGGCCUAGUUCAAUCAUCAACUAUAGUAACUAGAGUUGAACCAUAGUAUGAUCGAAUUACCUUUGGUCGAAACUGGAAGGGUUGUCAUUGCGCAUGUCUGGUCUACCACACAGCAACAUGUGCUUACAGAAUGGUUAAACUUUAGUUACCAGAAAUGCGCACUGAAGGUCCAGAAGCAAGCUAGGCAUGCACAAUUAAGUUUCGGAAGUCAACUAGACAACUACUAUGGUUGAUGAUCGAACUAGGCCCAUGUUCUGGGUAGCUCUACUGGUGAAAAUACAUGUCAGCUGUCUGUCAACAACUAUUGUAAAUUAUUCCUCAGAUUGCAAUGAAUUUUUUCCACAAAGACAACACAGGGAUACACAAUAUAGUGCCUUAAUUUUCAUUUGAAUUAAUGGUUAAAUAUGAAAAAUCUAAAUUCUUUUUUUAAUAUAUCGUCUUCCACAUUUAUCAUCAGAUAGUAAUGAAAUCUAAUACAGAGAUACACAAAUCUGUGAUUUUUCAUAUGAACGAAUGGUUAGGUAUAUGAUAUUGUUUUGAGCUCACCUGAGGUAAAGGAUGGUGUAUUCCAAUCUGAUCAAAAUUUGUUUGAAUUUGUAGGUAUUGUUGUUGGAAGAUUUUUAUAUUUUUUAUUUCUUUUCCAGAACACUCAGUCAAUUGCAGUCAAAUAUGAAUUGUGGGGAAUGAAGAUUGUUAAGAUGAAGGGGUUUUCCCUCUUUUCAGGGGAGAUUAGUGAGAGGGUGGAGUGUUAAACAAAUAUUCUCAAGAAUUUCUGAACCAUGAAAGCUAACACUUGUAUAUAAGCUUGUUUAUGUGAUGUAGAUUUCAUUUUAUUCAAACCAUGAGGCCAGGGUGGGGGUUACAACAUGGGAUUAACACUUUCACAUAGAAUAAUCUUCUUCUACAGUAAGGUUACAAUCUUUUGAAUUGAUAUGUAAGCCUCCUUAUAUAGAUUUCAAGGUUGUGCAUCCCCAAAAAUUAUCCAGAUUAUUCCAAGAUACAAAUAAUCCACAGAGGACAUAAGUAACACUUAUGUAUAUACAUUGUAUAUUGCAACCCAAUACAAGGAACAUGUAAGCUAAAUAUAAAACAUUUACAGUUGAAAAGUAAGUUACUUUGUUACUAUUAUUAGCAUUCAAAAUCUGUGUUUCUCCCUUUAUUCUAAACAGUGAUUUUUGUUUAGCACAUGUAGGCCAGUAGAGCUACAUUCUCGACAGAGACUUCUGGUAUAAUAUAUAUAUAUAAUUUGUUGUUGUUUUGUAUUCUGGUAUACUUUAUAUCAUUUGUUGUUGUUUUUACUUCUGGUAUAGUUAGUAUAAUUUGUUGUUGUUUUGUAUGCCUUUUGACAUGUUUUUGUUUCGUUUUUUGUAUUUUUCUUGUAUAUGCAAGAUUGAGAUCUGUCUAGUAAAAAGCCAAUACAUUUUUAUAUGUAAUUUUUUUUAUCAAUGGUAUCUUGAAAAUCGGUAUAAUAAAUAGAAGUUUUAAAUGAUA